AUGGGUGAGGAGGGAGGAGAAAUAGUAGAAAUGAGGAGGAGGAGUGCCCGAAUAUGGGCAUUGGAAGAGGAGAAGGAGAUGAAGAAGAAGAAGAAGACGAAGGAGGAGGAAGAGCAAAAGGCAUGCGCCACCCAAUCGAAUCAUGAUGAGAUGACGAUAUUGAUAGGGACCGUCGACACUCUGGCAUCAAGUGCAGGGGUCCCGCAUUCUGAGCAUUGCGAAGUAGAAGAGCAUCGGGAGGAGCAUGGUCUUACACUUACCCGAACACCCACUGUCAGGCAAUACGACCGGAGGAGGGUCCGCAAGCGCAAAAGACUUGAAGACGUCGUCGUUACUUCUCAACAACAGGAAGGAGAAAGCCAAAAACAUGAAAUUACUUCAAUAAAAAAUGACCAAAUCCCAAUUUCUUCAUCUCUGCAACGAAUACCAGAAGUGCGGGCACUUGAGUUUGCGCUUGAUAUACUACAAAGGAGAGACACACAAGAAAUAUUUGCCCAGCCAGUUGACCCUCAAGAGGUGGAGGGCUACUAUAGAAUUAUUAAAGAGCCAAUGGAUUUUGGCACAAUGAGGGCUAAACUUCAGGAAGGAAUGUAUACAACCUUAGAGCAAUUUGAGCAUGAUGUGUUUCUCAUCUCCAACAAUGCAUUGCAUUUUAAUUCAUCGACUACCAUAUAUUAUAGAGAGGCUCGUGCUAUACAAGAACUGGCCCAGCGGGUUUUUCAUGCUCUGAGAAGUGAUCCGCAGAAUUUUGAGUUGGAGUUCUCUCAAACAAGAAGAUGCCCUGGUAGGAAACCCCACGGUGAAGCCACUAAGCUUGUUAGAUGUGGAAGGGUCAAUUCUGGCGUUUCACCAAAGAGAAACACCAAAACAGACCGACCAUUUACUUCCACCCCUCAUUUUUACCAAAGAGAGAAGAAGAAAGUUCCUUCUGGCUCUGGAGGUGGCUUCGAAACAGAGAGGCGCCGAACAUAUAGGCCUUGGACUUGUUAUUCCAGUGAGAAUGAGUCAAUAGUUUCAUCACUCUACAGCGCCCCAAAACCACUUAUUCAUAUUAAUCAUGGGGAUCUUGGAUACAAAGAAAGUCUGAUGCGAUUUGUUAAAGAUUUGGGACCAACGGCGCAAAUGGUUGCCAAUAAGAAAUUAGCACAAUAUCUGCAGAUUGAAGCUUCAAAUAGUCAGUCCCAGACUCCAAACCAGUUGGCAAACACUCCAAAUUGUCUAGUUCCUGCACCAUCUCUCACGCGGGCACCUGCUUAUCUGGAUGGUGCCUACAGAGGAAAGAUGGCUUGCAUCGAUAGCACUUCCCUAAGAGACAUGGUACCCUCUUCCGACAUAAUGGGAUUUUGCGGCAAUCUACAACGGGAAAAAAACGCUCACUUCAAUAACAUAAAAGAUGUUAAGAUUGGUUCUUCGGGAGAAUUAGCUGCCAACACGCGCGCAAAUAUGGACAUGUAUGGUCGUUCUAAAGGAAAAAUGAUUUGCACUGAUGACAAUAUGGACCUUCAUGGGAAUGGUCGACCGAUUUGGUUAGGCGCACAUUACCCCCUUAUUGGAAAUGAAAAUAUCAGUAGUCCAGCUGGGAAUGGGAGCACAAACAUGUGCAGCAAGUAUAAGAGUACGGAUAUGAUGGCAGAAUCUAGGCAGCUAUGUCAGCAGGUGCAGCCUGUUCAACUGGCCGCCGAAUUAGAGUCGAGGCUGCUUGAGUUGAUGUGUAGAAGCAACAAUUAUUCGAACACAUCGUUCUUGCCUCUACAAGCCGCAAAGUUGUUGGGUCAGGCCACCACUUCCAUGCAUGGCUUAGGCUCACAGAAUGAGGGUGGAGCUAACUCUGGACAGCCAGGUCAAUCCCUGAAAUGGAGCCGACCCACAAUCCAGAUGCAGCUUAACAAAGACAAACUCUUCGGCCAAGGUACGGCAUUGCAGCAAGCAUCACACCUUGUAACAGCUCAUAACAUGGCCCUGUUACAUGCAAUGAGUUUCUAUGAAAGAGCUACUCCUGAAAGCCACCAAGCAGAGGCUAGUGCACAAUGUUUUCGGGGUGUUCAAGGACAGUCCUUAACUGAUACCAAACAGCUUGAUUUGGCUCUUCAGCUGUGA